AUGACUCAAAUCCGUGGUACCGCGGGCUAUAAUCUCGGCCACCAAAACCCGUUUGGCGGCCCCGGUAGUGCAGAUGCCUCGAACGACCCAAGCCCACUCGAUGCGAUCCGCGAACAGACCAGCAAGAUCGAGGACUGGCUAGACACCGCGUUUGAUCCAGUGAAGCCAUACCUGCCCGCCAUUGGACGAUUCUUGAUUGUUGUGACCUUCCUUGAGGACUCACUUCGCAUUCUCACACAAUGGAGCGACCAGCUCCAAUAUUUACGCGACUUCAGGAGUAGUAAGAUACCCUCAACAGUCGAGCGUCGCUCUCAGGGUGACCACAUAAUACCCUGGGGAUUCACGCAUCUUUUCCUGAUCGUUAAUGUCAUCGCCAUGUUCGUCUGCUCCACCCUUGUCAUCGCCCGCAAGCGCACCGAGUAUGGCGUCGCCGGUUUGCUGGGUGUCGUCAUUACUCAAGGCCUAGGAUACGGCCUGAUCUUCGACCUGAACUUCUUCCUCCGCAACUUGAGUGUUGUCGGUGGUCUACUCAUGGUUUUGUCCGAUUCGUGGGUUCGCAAGAAGUUCGUCCCAGCUGGCCUGCCUCAACUUGACGAGAAGGACCGCAAAAUGUAUGUGCAGUUCGCUGGACGCGUGCUGCUCAUCUUCUUGUUUGUCGGAUUUGUCUUCUCGGGCAAGUGGAACUUGUGGCGCGUGCUAGUUAGCCUGUUUGGCCUGGUCGCGUGCGUCAUGGUCAUUGUCGGCUUCAAGGCUAAGUGGAGUGCUAUCAUUCUGGUGGUUCUCCUGAGCGUUUUCAACGUGCUUGUCAACAACUUCUGGACACUCCACCCCCACCACCCGCACAAGGACUUUGCCAAGUACGACUUUUUCCAAAUUCUUUCCAUUGUUGGCGGUCUCCUACUUUUGGUUAACAUGGGCCCGGGUCAAUUGAGCAUGGACGAGAAGAAGAAGGUUUACUAG